GCAUCCUGACGUUGCUGCGAUGUCAUAGCACAUCCGUUUGGCACGUCAUAACAUUUAUCCGUUUAUAGUUCCGUUUAAUGCCGUGGAACAUCCUCAAAACAAAUAAGUUAGUUCCCGUUAUCGCUUACGUUAUAGCAGCUAUAAACAGUUCCCUCGGCAGCAUGUAUUUUUCUCUCCUGUUUGAAGUUAAUAAGACCAAAAAACUGGACACUGGAGACUCCUUCCAUGAAUGUUUAAAAAACGGUUUCCUUACAGAAAACUGGACCAUAUAAAUACAUUUCUUUUUUUUUUUCCUUCAUUAAACAAAAUCACAUUUCUAACGUAUGUAUUUUAAGUCAGAUUAUCUGGAGCGUCCACUAUAGGAGUAUACCUGUGAAUGAGCUGAGCUGUUACUAUGGAAAUGAUAACCUGUUGCAGGAACUUCUGCCAGAGUGGCUUCAAUUAAACUGAUCCCUUUCUGUUGAUGAGCGGGGUAAAGGGGGUUAGAGUUAACACAUGCACAACAACAGAAGGGUUACAGUUAGUAUGUAAAAUACGCUUGUAUGAAUAGGUGGACCUGAUAAAACAAUAGAACAAAAAGUCUGUGAGGUGGAGUCAGACCUGAUCCAGCUACUCCUACCUGGGAGCAGUUCAAAAGUCCAGCAGGUGAAGUGUGUUUCAGAGUGGAGAAAUGUGUUUAAUGUGCUGUUUUGAGUUAUAUAGCUUCAUGUUGGUUUGGAAUGUGGGAGGGGUUGGAUCAGAUCCAGCUCCACCCCCUGGACUUUUGGUUCUGCAGAGAGGACUAUCUCCUAAACGUAUUUGUUCCUUCAGAGAGAUUCUCUGAUUUCACAAUGAUUAAACCAGAUGUUUCUGGCGGGGUGAAAACACAACAGUCUUAAGACAGAAAUAAAUUAAUGUCCUCUUCCGCCAUCUUUCCCGUUAAGUUGUACGUUUCGUCCUAUCAGAAUGCAAUGGCAUUAUUAUUAUUUUUAUUUAUUUCUUUUUAAUUUACAAAAGCAGUAUUAAAUCACGUUCAAAAUAUACUCUUUUACCACACAGGCUCAUAAAAUCAAUCUAUUUUUUUUUUCUUCAAAUGUGUCUGAAGUCAAUUUUAUUCGUUUAAUUAAUGACGUAGUAUGACGUAGGCGGAAGUAAAAAAAUAAACCCGGGAAGCGGUGCGAGUUUUAAACAAAAUAUUUAAUCGACCUUCCCUGAAAAAUAUUUUUUAGUACGUUAUACAGUUAACUCGGAUGUUAUUUCACAGUUUUAUAUUCUAAAAAAGUACAAUUUGGUUAACAAUUCCGGUUGGAGCUCGUUUACGAAAAUACCCGUUAGCAAACGUUUUUUUAAAAAUAUAUUUCCUACCUGUAUACCGACGAGUCCGUUGUGAUUGGAUAAUACACUCUAACAGGACUUUCCGAUAGGCUGACUGCUUUUGAGUACGAACUUCUAGCUAAUCAGAGCAAUCAGGAGGCGGGAUUUGUUAGAAUACGGGUGUCGAACUGGAGGAUAACGUACGCUUCAGCGUAACGACCAUUCUCCAGGUCUGUGUUGGAAAAAGUUAUUAUUUACAACUCAGUUAGAGUUUAUAGUUCAUAAGAGUCCGGAAAAGUGCUAGCUAGUGAAGGAAUUAACGCAGAAAAUGGGGAGUUUGGUUCAGGAGGUGAAGCGUUGGGCGACAGAAGAGCUGGAUUUGCCUCCUCACAACCUCCCACACGACAGCUACAUUAAAACGUUGUGUGUUGGCACAGGAGCCUCAAUUUGGAAAUAUGUCAUACAGCAUGUUUACAGUGAGAGGAAGGUGCGACUCAUGAGAAGGAAUCUUCAGUGGUACAAAAUUCUACAGGAUAAAGAGCUGAAGCAGGUGGAGGGACAAAAUAAAGACGCUCGGCGUGUGGAGCUGCAGAAGGAGAUCUCUGAGCUGCAGACUGAACUCCGUCACAUCGACCAGAAAAUCAGCACGGCCGAGGAGCAGCUCGCUAACGAAGAGCAGAGUGUGAACAGACACUGUGCUCAGUACGAGGAGAGCCGACUGAGGGAGCUGAUGCUGGAAUCGUUCAGGCUGCGCUGCGCCGAGGAACGAGACACCCUCACACACGACACGCAGACCAUCAGCAGCCAGAGGCAGGCUUUAGAGCAGCUCUCCAGGAAAGCCGAGGUGACCGUAGCGUUCGGAGGAUCCGACGGCAGAGACGACGACGACGGCACGGCUGCGGAGCCUCUGGUUUUGAGGCACGUCCGAGAUCUGUGCAGGGAGCGAGUCCUCUUCUUCCAGUCUCUGCAGGACAACAUGCUGAAGUCCACGUCUUCAGACUUUACUGCUGAUCAGAGGAGUGCAGUUUAUCAGCACUGGCUUAGUGCCGUGGAGGACGUGCUGCGAUCUCACCCGCCGAAUCAGCUCCUUUUAGCUCUGCAGGCUUUGGCCUCCAAACAGCAGGUGGCGCUGGAGGAGAAAACCGCAGCUUUGGAUGUGGAACGUGACGUUUCUGCUCUCGGGUUUCGGUAUGAGCGUGAUCACCUGCUCGACGUGUCCGUGGAGGAAGACGAGGACUUGCCGCCGGUGCGCAGUCUGUUACAGUCUACGUGGGAGGAGGUGGAACAGCGUUACAUGCGCUUGGCAGAGGUUCGGAGUAGAGCUCGGAGACUGCGCGCUGAUCUCGGCGCUCUCACGAAGGAGGUCCAGCUAAGAAUUCUGGGACAGGACGAUCUCCUUAACCCCACGGCCCGGAAUGUGUUUGAGUUGGAGGUGCAGGCGGUGAGACGGGCUGCGGUGAGAGACAGCGUGCGGGAGCAGUGUGCACAGCUCCAGCUGGAGAACCGAGAGAAACGUGAGGCUCUGCGCAACCUCCACACGCAGUGGCAAAGCAUCAUGGACUUCAGGCAGCUCGUGGAUAUUAGACAGGAACAGAUACGGAGUCUGAUCAAAGGAAACUCCACGCUAAAGACCGAACUCGCACGUGUUCACUCGGAGUUGAGGGAGUUUGUGCGGGAGAAGCUCGGUCCACAGUUCGGGGGUGUGAUCCGGUCUGCCGACCAACUCCGUAACUCCGUGUCCCAGGAGGCCAAGCUGUUUAACUCGGUGUCUCUCGCUGCCCUGGACCGCAGGAUCGCAGACGGCGAGAGAAUACCGGUGGAUCAGCUCUCCGUGUAUCGCGUGAACUCUCCGGCUCUGCAGGCCGUCCGUCAGGACCUCUGCGCACCACUCUACAUGGCGCCGGAGUUGUUGUUCUCUCAGGCCGUGUCUCAGAGGCUGCAGUUGCGUUUCCUCCGUCGCCUCCUGCAGCUGCGCACCGACUCUCUAACGGACCUGAAGAACCGGACAGCACAGCUGCCUGCUCCUAAUCAGCAGGCUCUGCUUCAGCGUGUGAAAGCGGAGGACGCAGACCUGCUGCAGUCUCUGUUGCCCCGUGUACAGGAGCUCACACAGAGGUGCUCUAAAGGCAUGGCCUACGCCAGUCAGGUCAACACCUCCAUCACACACUGGUGGGAGCAGCCGGCUCAGUUCGCUCUGCCAGACAUGCAGCAGGACGGCGUGACCUUUCAGCAGUGGCUGCAGAGAUGGAAACUGGCUACCAAGGAACUUUAAUCGCAUGUGGAUUUGUAAUCCGCGUCACUACGAACUGUAUUUCUAAACGCCGGUCCGUUCACGUUUAGGAGCAGUUUGUCGUUUUUAACGUAACGGAAAGCGAUCUUUUAGGCUGCACAGAAGACAUCGUUGUCCUUCCUCCCUUUCUGCGCCUUCGAUUUCCUUUUCAGGAAAAAAAGAAAAGGAGGCCGGGCUGAGCAGCUCUGUUCCAGGUGGAGGCGGGGCUAGAGACUGUAGCCUAUAGUACACGUGGAAGUAUAAACCACGUGAGUUGUCAUGUGUUGUGCUGUAGGAAAAUAAGUCAAGCCGCAUUGCUCUUUCAGGGUGUUUUGUAUUGUUAAUCUUCCACAGCUCCAUUUAUGCUUUUAGACAGACAUGUUCUUGCUGUACAGUCAUGAUUUAUUAGUUGUUUUUAAAUACACAUUUUACAAUUCCCCCCCCCAAUAAACAACGAUGAUUAAUUCGC